AUGCACGUAACACCUCACGAAACAACGUAUAUAUUAUCUUCAUAUCAGAACUUCCACGGCCACCAGUUCAAGAUAGUUACCUUGGAAUACGCACCCUUCAGCUGCUACACUAAGGUGGAAGAAGACGAAGACAGCUAUGAGAUGCACAAUCACGGUCACAAGGGAGGAAAACGAGGAUCCAGGCUUAAGCUCAAGGACUGUGUGGACACCAGAAUGCUUCAUGCUAUGGCAACCUCUCUCAAUUUCACUUAUGUGGUACGAGAGCCUAAUGAUGGGCAGUGGGGGUACCGGCUGCAGAACGGCUCAUACACAGGUGAGACAUACACACAGCGGUCUUUUCGUGAGAUUUCGUCUCCUUUUGCCCGUUACGGUAGUCAGGGAUUAGUACCAAUUACAGUACGUACAACUCCAUCCCUUCAUCUCACUCAUCUUCCCCUCAAUAUUCUUCUCUCAACUAUCUCUUUUCAUCGGUUCCAGUCUUUAAUAGGUAUCCAAAUCAUCUCAAUUUUUAUCUCCUUAUCAAUUAUCUUUUAUGCGGACUUUUCCCUAAACGUGGCCUUCACUGGGGACAGGGAGCGAGUAAUUGACUACACCCUGGGCUAUUACAACGACCCCCUCACUUUCUGCACCUCUCCGCCCCGUCCUCUGCCUCGAGUGCUGGCCCUCGUGCGCCCCUUCCACCCCGAGGCAAGAUUAACAUAUGGACAGUUAAACACACGAAUAGACGGAAACUCUCUCUCUGUGUGGACAGGGUUCGUGGUCGCUGUUGUGGCGGUGGGAAGUCUCUACUAUGGUGCUAGAAAGCUUGAAAGUUCCUCUUCGUCCGUGACCUCUUUUCUCCCCACCUUUCUGAAAAUAUAUGGAAGCUGCCUGACGCAGAGCCAGAGAUGGGAAGCGGGGACCGUCGGGCGGGCGGUCGCUGGAGGUUGGAUUUUAUUUUCCCUUGUCAUGUUUCGCUCCUACGUGGCCAUGCUGACAGCCUCCCUAGCUCUGCCACCCCUCUCUCCCACCAUCAACACCCUACAGGAACUGGUGGACAGUGACUUCUCAUGGGGCAUACAGGACCAGGGUGCGGCAGACUACCAGCUCCUCAAAACUUCCACCGUGCCGCUGUACCGCCAAGUAUACAGGGGCCUUCAGGUGUGCCCUAACCUAGACGCCUGCCUCGCCCGGGCCCGCGAUUACCGCUAUGCCUUCAUCACUUGGCGGCUCUACAUGCAGGACAGGAUUGCUAUCAAGUUCACCUCAACCACAGGAGAACCUCAGCUUCACGUGGCCACUAGUGAUUUCUUCCCGUCUGAGAUCGGCUGGGCAAUGACACCGGGUUGUCCUUUCAGGAAUAAAUUCAACCAACAAAUCCGGCGGUUGCUGGAGGCUGGCCUGCUUACCAGAUGGCUGAACCAACUCAUCCAUGACCCAGGGCGGCGAGAGACCCAAGAGUCAGAUGAGCCCCAGCAGGCAAAGAUGUCCCAACAGCCCCUUACCCUGGACCACGUACAGGGAGCCUAUUAUGUGCUGUUCAUCGGCUAUGCUGUGUCUGGCCCACUCUUCCUGCUAGAGCUAGCCUGCUUCUCUCUGUACCAUCUCUCCUAACCAUUCACAGAUUUGCAACCUCCAGUCUUGUUAAGGUUAAGG